GGCUCUGACAAGGAUGAACGCCAAUUUCCAAGAUGGCGGCGGAGGGAGGAGGGAAGGAGAUGAACGAAAUUAAAACUCAAUUCACCACACGAGAAGGCGUCUACAAACUCCUCACUCACUCCGAAUACAGCCGCCCGAACAGGGUGCCUUUCAACUCACAGGGCUCCAACCCUGUCAAGGUCUCCUUCGUCAAUGUAAACGACCAGUCCGGCAACGGCGACAGGAUCUGUUUCAAUGUGGGCCGGGAACUAUACUUUUAUAUCUACAAAGGCGUGAGAAAGGCUGCUGAUCUGAGUAAGCCCAUAGACAAGAGGAUAUACAAAGGAACGCAGCCCACAUGUCAUGACUUCAACCCCCUCACAGCUACAGCAGAGAGUGUGUCUCUGCUUGUGGGCUUCUCUGCCGGCCAGGUGCAGCUCAUAGACCCGAUAAAGAAGGAGACAAGCAAACUCUUCAAUGAAGAGAGGCUUAUAGACAAGUCACGGGUAACAUGUGUACGAUGGGUUCCUGGUUCAGAGAGCCUGUUUUUGGUGGCUCACUCCAGUGGCAGCAUGUACUUGUACAACGUAGAAAACACCUGUGGCACCACUGCACCUCACUACCAGCUCCUUAAGCAGGGUGAAAACUAUGCUGUGCAUACCUGCAAGAGCAAGUCCGCUCGCAACCCAUUACUGCGCUGGACAGUGGGAGAGGGGGCGCUAAAUGAGUUUGCCUUCUCUCCUGAUGGAAAGUUUCUAGCGUGUGCGAGUCAGGAUGGCUUCCUGCGGGUAUUUGGUUUUGAUGCUGCAGAGCUCCAUGGGACAAUGAAGAGCUAUUUCGGCGGUUUACUGUGUGUGUGCUGGAGCCCGGACGGCAGGUACAUUGUGGCAGGAGGGGAAGAUGACCUAGUGACAGUUUGGUCAUUUUCUGACUGUCGAGUGAUCGCACGGGGGCACGGUCACAAGUCUUGGGUGAGUGUGGUGGCAUUUGACCACUGUACCACCAGUGUGGAAGACGGUGACCCUCCUGCUGAGUUCAGCGGCAGUGAUGAGGACUUCCAUGAGCAGAUUCACUUUGGUGUAGGUAGAGACCGGGCAAACAGUUCACAUUCUCGGCUUUCGAAGAGGAACUCUACAGACAGUAGACCUGUAAGUGUGACGUACAGGUUUGGCUCAGUGGGUCAGGAUACGCAGCUCUGUCUGUGGGACCUUACAGAGGAUAUUCUAUUUCCUCACCUCCCUUUAUCUCGUACAAGGACUCACACUAAUGUAAUGAGUGCCACAAGCCCUCCAGCCACUGGACAAACUACUCUGACUACUGUAUCCUCCCCCACCACUAAUCCCAGUGGCAGCAAUGGUAAGGACAACGUAAGCACCAGUAGCUCCAGUGGCAACCCGGCUAACUCCCUCCCCAGCACUCUGCCUCGGUCCAACAGCUUGCCGCACUCCUCCAAUCCAGCAGGGGGCAGCACCCCCAACAGUCACACAGGCAGCAGCAGUAGCAAUAGCAGCACUACUACCACCACCACCUCCACCACCACCACCACCACCACCACCAAGGGAAACAGUAUCAUUGACAGUGCUUUUAUUGCUACAGGUGUAAGCAAGUUCGCAACGCUGUCGUUACACGACUCACGCAAGGAGCGGCACGAGAAGGACCACAAGCGAAACCACAGCAUGGGCCACAUUAACAGUAAGAGCAGCGACAAGCUCAAUCAGCUUAGUUCAUCACGGACGGCAAAAGCUGAAGCAGCUAAGACUCUGGGCACUACGUUGUGCCCACGCAUGGAGGAGGUGCCCCUUCUAGAGCCGCUGGUGUGCAAAAAAAUCGCUCAUGAGAGACUCACUGUGUUAAUCUUCCUUGAGGACUGUCUGGUUACAGCCUGUCAGGAGGGUUUCGUUUGCACGUGGGCUAGGCCUGGGAAAGUGGGACUGCUAUCAUCUCAAAACAACCCAGCCAACUCUCCCAGUGGAACAGUAGUAUAGCCCCAGUGCUGGUGCUGCUAAUGACAGCUCCAUGCAACAGAGACGGGGAUGACCAAGGCCAAGGCCCUGCAGCGCUUCUUCAUACACACUCACAAACCACAUGACCUACCGUGUCACCUACAUUCUCAUCACUACAACCACCCACAUCCUCCGUUUGUGCCGCUGCUCAUAUUUAGACAACUAAUUGGCUGAAACAGGACUAGAAACUAGACCCCCUUGUUCCAUUUCUCGUGAUAUCAUGUUGUGUCUAGACUGAAAAUGAGAAACUCUAGUACCCAAUCCUUUGUGCCUGUAGAUCUGUGAAGACUAGACACAUAUAAACAUUGUGGUGAUUCCUCUUACCUUUUAUGUGGGAGAUUUUCCUGUAUCUUGUCUUUUUUUUUUUUUUUCCUCAAAUGCAUAAAGGGAGUGAGAUGAGGGAUUCUGGAGCAGCUGUGUUUUUAAUUUUUCACCAUCUGGGUGAUCCCUUUGUGCAGCUGAAGUCUGCAGCACUUCACAAAAAACAUUGUGACUUAUUUUUCUUUUUUUUUUUUUUUUUACUACCUUUACAAAGAUUUUAAUCAGAGAGGAAUCACACUAACUGUAUUUGCACAAUUUUUUUUUUUUCUUUUUCCAUUCUCUCUUGUUUGUCCCAUUUUGAAUUCAUGACAGUGGAACACGAGUGAAAUAUUAUAGAGACAGCUUUUGAAGCACUUGGGAAGCGGCUCUUUAUUGCCCUCUGUCUCAAUGCUGGAUGCUGCAAUCAUAGUUUUUUUUAUAUAUAAAUAUAUGGAUAAAAAUUGUUUGCACUUGAUAGUUUGUUAGAGGAGAAUGGCUUUACAAUUUUGCAGUGUGUAAGGACUCCUUGACAAGGUUGAAAUAUAAAUAGAAUUAAAAAGUUUGUAUCUAUUGAACAUUUAUUUUAAUAUUGUUUCAGUUUAAAUGGGCUCUGUAUUAUAUGUAAAUAUUGUACUUCUAUGAUUUAUGGGUGAAAUGAUCAUUAUUACAUUAGCUGAAAGAUCAUCAUUUCAGAAUAUAGUGAUAUUUCUAAUACAGAAAAUCUAUACCUAAUAUUAAAAUGAAUCUUGAAUAUGCAGGUGAAAAUGUUUCUUUGCUGUUGUACAUAAAGAGAAUUCAGGUGUAUUUUUAUUAAUAAAAAGUUUGGUAUAGGAGAUGUCUAUGAAUCCUCUUAUAUAACAGGAAUAGCUGAAUGCUAGCUAGCCUGUCGCUGCAGAUAGUCGUGGAUGCAGCAGUUUAAGUCAGCCAUCACUCCGAGCUCAGGUAAACCACAGGAAGACUAACGCUGGCAUUGUUCCCUCACUCAUUAUUAGCACUAGUCCCAUCCAUCAGUGUGUGUGUGUGUGUGUGUGUGUGUGUGAGAAUUCAAUAACAAACAAAACUGACCAUUACCUGCCGACAGGGCUGAAAUCUGUGACUCCUGUUAUUGUGAGUAAUAAUUACUGAACUGAUACUGAACAGGUGAACAAACUUAUGACACUGUGUUGAUGAUUACUAUCUGAUAUCAUCAUCCCUUGGUGAUGGUGCAAGUGCUUGAGGUGAGGGUGUGUUUUUGUUUUUUGGUUGUUUUUUUUUUUUUUUUUUUUAAUCACCCACAUAGGAAGACUGAGGAUUUUAGCAGUGGGAGCCUUUUUCCUCCAUGUGACGCCUAUUAAAACAGCUUUGACAGAC